AUGGAAAACCCAGUAAUUCUCAGAAACCACUUCUUUUUUCUGUUGAUCUUUUCCACCGUUCAUCAAACGGAUUCUCAAGGUACAUAAAAUUCAUUUUCUAUUUCUUUGAUUGUGAUUUUUAUUGUGACAUAAAAAAGAAUGUGAAAAUCUUAUGUUUUUCCUCUUUUCUUUUGAACAGCUUUCAGCCAAGGAUCCAUUGGCAACUUUUUCUAUGUCAACUUCAUGAUAAGUGAAUUUUCCUACCUGAAUAUCACAAGCAUUGAACGGAAACUUAUUCAAGACGAAAACGAUUGUGGCUACGCCUGUUUAGAAAUUCCUUCGUGUUUUUCGUACAACGUGGCUGCUUUCCCUGAUGUCAACGGUAAACUUCUGUGCGAACUCCUGCCAUCGGACAAGUUUAACAACUCAGAAAAGUUCAACGCCAGUAAAGAGUUUCAUCACUUCUUUAUUCCGGUGAGUCAAGCUUCUAAAUGAUCAAAGUUGUUUCGUUCAAUAAACCUUUCGCUGCUAAAUGUGGCCAAAGGCAAAAUUCGACAAGAAUAUCCAAAUUUCAUUUCUUAAAAUGUACGGGCAGAGAGGUUUCAUUUGAAUGAUCACUCCAUAGGAUUUCGCCCACGCAUUUAAACAUUUGAGCCACCUUACAAACUCCAUCAUUCCCUCUGACAGUGAGAGAGUUUUAAGAAAAAAUGCUCAAUAAUCCUCUCCCCUUACGGGAUUUCUCAGGGAUAAUGAAACAGUCAAAUGAUUCAAAGGAAACAUAACAUGGUUAAGAAUCCCAACUGGUAGGAGGCGAACCAGUUGGCUAUUUUAAAAAUGGCCUUAGCAUUUGAACGGUAGUGAAAUUUUACACCUGGCAGCUCCCAAUGCCCAGUCGUGCUCUUUAGUUCAUUAAACGGAAAUUUGGAUGAUCGGACUAAGUUUAUGAGGCAGACUGGUUCAAUGUUGAUCUCUCCACUAAAAUGUUCUCCAUCAAAAAGCGUUCGACAGUUCGCUCUGUUAAUAGUACACAAUUGUGUUUUUAACUGCUUAGCUAUAAUUUAAGAUAUUCCGCCUAAAAUCGGCAGAAAAAAAUAUUAUAAAUUCAUCCUGGGCUAGAAAAACCAUGUUCUUAUUUGUUGCCGAUGCCCUCGACAUGAAGACUUCUCCUUUGUGCUAUUCUGGCAUUUAGAGAACCUCCGAUGGCAAUUCCUCUAUAUACAGAAACUUUCCGACAGCAGUCGGACCUCCAGUAAGCGACCAUCCAAAUUGCGAAAAGUUAGCAGUCACUGACGAGGGUCGAACUGCAUGCAGGAAAUCUUUUGCGAGGAGAAGUGCGGACACAGCUACUCUUUGAAGAGAAUGUAUGGCAUGGAAAUUUAGGCUGACAAUAGUUGAAAUACAUGUUGUUCCGACCAAAUUUUUUUUUCAAAAAGCCGGAGUUACUUAGUUUAUACAGAAACACAGAGAUCAGACCAUUAUAUCAGGUGGUCGCCUAGAUAAGGUUAAGAACAACGGAAAAUUCUAAAAUCGCCAUCUUAGAAAAGUUGUCGCGGUCUCUGACGAUAGGUGGUCGUUUAAGGGAAGUUCCAACUUAAAGUCUUUGUAUGGGAAAAUUUUAGUGUUUUAAAUGGAUGGUCGCCUAUUGCAGGUGGUCGCUUACUAGAAGGCUCGAUUUCGAUUGUGAAGGAAAAGUAAGUCUUGAAUUAUGCCUCCAUUUCUACAUAUAAAACCUUCAGUUGUUUAUAAACCAAGUAAAAUCUCUACACGGAAGUUGAAGAAAUCCAGCUGGACACGUAAAUGUAAAUCUACAGUUAAAAUAUUCACAUUCCCUGUUCAUUAUCGUGCAAACAGAGAUGUCAAUGAAGUGUGUUUUGGUGAUACAAUGUCCUUAACCUCGGGCAGAAUGGAGCUGUACAUAUUGGUGCUUUUAGCCUUCGUUAGUUAUUUAAACAAACACGAACAAGGUGCACUUACUCGCUCUAUUAAGAGUUUGCCUGUGCCAAUCGCAGGAUGUUGUUACGGCAACGCAAAUUUCAAACUACAAUCGCCACCAGUAAUUUUGACACCGCGGAAAUUUCGUCUUUUUAUUAAUUAGCAGUUUUCGUCAAAAAUAGCCCAAUUUCUAGCAUUGAAAAUUUCCGGCUUCAUUUUAUUGUUAUUUUUUAAGCUCAGCUAUCUUUUACAAGGAUAUCGAACCCGUACUACAAUAGUUUAAACAGUCUUGACAGUUGACCACUUUCCGCAAAAACCAAUUACUGAAAGGAUUUAAGUUAAGAAAAAUGACGUAAUAAACAAAAUGACUACCUGAAAAUAUAAAAUCCUAGUUCUUUAAUUAAAUUCUCAGGGCUAAUUUAAUAACGAAAUGUUUGGCGAUCAGUCUAGAGAGAAUUUGUAUCGUGAAUAUUGCGGUUUUAAAAAUGGUUAAUCCUUAGAACCAAGAACCAAAUAAAGGUUUGUGCAAAUCCUGACAUGUAGGCGCGGUAGUAAAGGCGCCUGACCACAUUUCCUAGUCGUUCCAUGUAAGGCAGUUCGAAGUCCGGGAGAUUCUUGUUUGUUGAAUCCGGACUCUGAAAAAAUUUUGCUUGUGAAAUCUGGAAUCCUCUGCUUUGGAAUCCGGAAUACCGCUCGAGAAAUCUGAAAUCUCACUAAUGAUUGGAAUCCAGAAUCGAAGUUCCGCUCACAAAGACUGAAAUUUAAUACCUGGAAUCCGGAAUUCAUAGCGUCGAAUCCAGAAUCGACAGACUGUCUUGGAUUUCCUAGCCUGCGUCGCAGACGUAAUUUAACCCCGUUUAGUAAAGUUUGCGAGGCAUCGCCGAAAUCCUUGUUCUGGGCCCCCAACGGACUACCGGACAUUACCGAAUUACCGGAAAUGCGUUUCGAAUUUGCUUUCAACCUGAUUGGCUUUUUUUUUAACGGGCCAAUCAUGGCGCGUAUUCAAAUCCUGGUACACAGGUGGAGGCCUAUUAGCUAGAACUGUUCCGCAGGUGGACUUAACCAAAGUUUAGUUUCGACUGUGGCGCAGGCAAGGAUUCCCUACCCUUACAUGGAACGAUCCUAGCCUGUCUAACAGGCGGUAAUUUUGAUAUGUUUUUCGUUGAGUUUCGUAAAGAAAGAGCUCAAACGAUAAAAUGAAGGGGACCAGAGGGCUAAAAGAACAUCGUUUUUCUUGUGUGGCCUUUUUUUCUCUUUCCUGCUGCGUAAGUCUCUUUUAUUACGAACCACAAAGGAAAAAAAAAAACACUGAAAAACCGCAUAUUACGCAGUUUACCACAGUUCCUUAAUGGUAAAAAGUAAUUAAUUUGCUUUUCGCUAGUUUUCGUAUUUAUUCGAUUGAGCGUCCUGCCUCGAAUAAGGACCCUUAUUAGUUUUGUAACUAACAUAACUAAUUAAUCGAUCUCAGUGACAAUGAAAUACAAAUUUACUCCUACUAAAAGACUUCUCCGAGGACCGAGUUUUCUAGUGUUUUCUAGCAAGUGUUUUAAAGAACCUUUCGAUGAACCGUAAAAAGUCUGCUUUGGCACGUCUUCACGUUUGGUUGUUAUUUUUAUUUAUUUGUUUAUUAUUUUAUUGUCUUCUAUUUUAUUAUUAUUUUGUGGCAAAAUCUACUUUCUUUUUGCUGAAAAUUUAAAAAGGCCCAGCCUGGAAGAAGCGCUCACUCUCCGUCAGGGCCAAAAAUUCAAUAAGCGCUCGGGCCGCUUGAUCGAAUCAACACUGUAAGUUGGGAAAUGAAGUUUGAGCGUCUUCUUUCAAAAGUCUCAGUUAAUUUCUUGAAUUAUCUACAUUGACUAACCUUUCUAAACCUAAAUCAUUGGAUAUCAUUUGAAAUUUUACCGAGAAAAAUCCAUCGGGCUUAUGUUUGAUGAACACCACAAAAAUGGGCUAGGAGAAGGGGUGGCCUCAAUCAGGACUCACGUUAACAGAUGUUCGUAUGCCUUCCUUUGUGCAGUCCAUGUGUGACCGUUCGCCCUGUAAGAACACUGGCAAAUGCAUUCCCUUGUACCAGAAAAAUGGAUAUAAGUGUAUCUGCGUGAAAGGAUUCACGGGACGAAACUGCGAAACAGGUAAGAAAUGCUUAGAAUAACUACACAUCGUUGAUAUCAAUGAAUUGCUGUAUUUCACACACUCAUGAAAAAACAAAAACAAAAACAAAACAAAAAACAUAUCUCCUCGAGUAUAAGAGCAUUCCCUGUUUAAACAACGGAAAGUGCAACGACCAAAUCAAUGCAUUCAACUGCAGUUGCCCGCCAGGAUUUGCCGGGAAUCGGUGUGAGAUUGGUUAGAACAGUCUUUCAGCUGUAAUUUCCCAUCCUCUAUUAUAAACAGGCUUCCUUGCUUUGAUGCGUCUUUUGAUAUUAUUCCGUUACAGACAUAAACGAGUGUAGGAGCAACCCUUGUCUUAACAACGGAACAUGCAACGACCGAAUCAACGGAUUCAACUGCAGUUGUCCAGCUGGAUUUGCUGGGAAACGAUGUGAAAUAGGUGGGGAAAAAGAGUGGUAAAUGAUAGAACUGACAAAUAUUUUUUGUGGAUAUACUGUAGAAUGUCUAACUCAUGGAAAUAAUGAACAGGCAAGUUGCGUAAAUACUGACCUCUGAUUGGAAAAAGUUACGCGGGAGUUACGUCACUUGCCACAAAACAAGUUUCUCAUGGGCCGGUAAAUUGCGCAAAAUACAUGUACAGAUUUUGUUGUAAAAAGUAGAACUAUUCUCUUCUUUCUACAACAACCUUUUUGCAGCCUGCAACAACCUGAUUUGUUGCAAGAUAGGUUUAAUUCGUGGUUGGUAAAACGCCCAACAUCCCUAUUCAAAUCGUUUGGCAGCAAUGUUGCAAAAACAAAACAAAACAAAACAAAAAAGAUUAUACCUGUCCGUUUUUAACGGCGUUGCUUUAUUGUUAUGUUCCUUUCUUAAUGAACAUUUUUUUUCUUUUUCCGCGAUAUUCUCUACCUCUAACUGAUUUUGUGAACUUUGUUCAAGAACCACGUUUGAACUCUGCGUGUCACUGAUUUCAAAAAACACCUUUCUCCUUUAUUCACUUACCAUUACAUUUCCACCAUUGCGCCCAAACACAUAUAUCGACAUUCCGAUCCUAUUUUAGAAGCCGUCCACAAGUCUCUUGUAGCUCAGUGGUAGAGCAUCAGGACUUGUAACCACAAGGUCAUUGGUUGAAAUCCUAUUGGGAGAACUCAGGUUUUUUCUUCCGAGUCGCCUGCCUGUGUCACUGACUGAAAAAUGUGUUCUGCACACAGUUUUGUUAGAAGAGAAUUCAAAUCCCUGGCUAAUUCCUCGGCAUGAUAAACGUCGAGGACUGUGGCAUUGUUAGAAGGGACUUUUAAGAUCCAACACCGCGACAGCAACGAGAACGUCGCUUUAAAAAGUGAGUUUGCGUUCUUUCAGUCUUUAUCGCGAUUAUCCCUACCCACUUACUUUGUCAAAUGUAGACGAACCCUACUGAUGUUGAAUUCCAAGCGACCAUAUCCAAGUCCAGAAAAAGAAAUAAAUUUCGUCGUUAUUUGUUUGCGAUCUCCAUAAAACGCGAAAUUAGGCAAUUUCAUGUCGUAGUCGUGCAAAAAUGGUAUAUAAACGUACAAAAAAGUGUGAUGCACGUGCUAAGUUGUUGUUUUGCUAAUAAAACCUAUUGCUUUUUUUUUUUUUUUGACGUUCUCGUUGCAGUUGCGUCGUUGGAUCCGUUCAAGUCCCUAGUUUCACAAAGCAAUACGUGUCUUGAAAAUACAAAUUUAUUGUGGGCAAUGACUGUUGCACUUUAAGGGUCUUGAAUUUUGAGGACUUAAAGAAUUUCAAAAAAUAAUUGUAAAGCUAGUAGGUUAACUAUAACCCGUAAAAGGUGUUUACACACUUACACAUCUUAGUUCAAACGACUUCCAAAAUUAGUGUACUAUCAUGAUGAAUGGCCACGUCUUCUGACUCUUUCCCUAUGAAAAGAACUGAGGCUACCAUCUUUGAUAGGUUGUUUAGUAUGGUCAAACCUACAAGUAACGGCCAAGUGACCGUGGUAGAGGGGUUGUUCUAUACUUGAGGAGUGCCCACCUAGAUGAUAAAAAAGGAGAAAGGCUGCCGUUACUAGAGGUUCGAUUGUAUUCGAGAUGGCGUUAUUAGCGAGUUUUAUGUUAAAGACUAAUUAUCCGUCUGGACGAACUUGGGAAAACAUUUUUAGUUCGUCUGGUUAUGCGUCUACAGUAAAACGGCAGGCAGAAGCUGGAGCAUGCGUCUACACGAACUAUUCUUUAUUGCGCCUUAAACGACGUACUACGAAAGGUCGUUUUCUGAACGCAUAAUGCGUGUGGGUAUUAAAGGAUUAGCAACAAAUGAAGCACGUGUUAAAACAAGUAAAACAAAAACUAUAGUGCCCAUUCAUUUGUAUUUUGCCGCGCGCAAGAUCUCGCAUUGAUCGUCUCUCGUAAUUAUUAACACUAACCAGACACUUACGAUAAAAGACGAUUUAUCCGUACGGGACGGAUAAUGUUUUCUAACCUGGUCGCAGGUUAACUUUGAUCUAAGCUAAAUUUUGCGAAGAUCUAACUUUCAGUAAUACUCUUUGAGUCGUUACGUCUGUGGAAAGUCAGAAUCUGUUUUCUGUCUGCCCUGGGUUUCAAGUGUAUUUUUUCCAUGUCAAGUGUUCCUAGCUUAUCGAAGGUUAUCUUCAGAAUAGCUGUCUCGUUUCAUUUAACUUGUAUGAACAAGGAUUCAGGUCUGGGUCAAAUUCCCACAACUUUCUUUAUUGACUAAAUACUGAUUUGAAAGUGUUUGCCGUCAAUUUUGUAACAUCACCCUGCACUGGCAAUGCCAUGUGCGUUCUUUAUUCUGGAUUUGAUUUUUCCCGCAAAUUCUCGCAUAGACAGGGUUAUCACGACUUAGCUUGUGGACUUCCUUUAGUGGACUGCGUAUACUUUGAAAGUAAUUUAUCCUUGGAAAAAAAUUGUCACUCAUCUCUGCCGUAUGAUUCGCGAACGCAGGUUGGCUAGAGGAUGGCUGCACCAGAUAUAAACGCUUGGGAAACCAACUCAUAUUUUAUCUUUCACCCUUAGAUAUUAUCUCGAGUGUGAUAACACGGUUUCUUUCGCCUGCAAUUGGGAAUAACAGCAACUGGGCGCUGUGUUGGCAGGCCUCCACUCAUGGCUGGGCAGCCAGUACCUUUCACAACAAAUGCGAUGGGAAACGUCACACGAUUACAAUCAUCAAAAAAGACCAUUACGUGUUCGGAGGAUACACGGAUAUUCCUUGGAGUAAGUAA